UACCAGUGUUUACUACAUGGCUACGUGUAUACAUUGUAUGUAUACACAUAUAAGAAUAACUGUUAAUUUUGCGUAUUCGACAAAUAUUUGAUACCUUGACAUUUGAAGUCAUUAGUAUGUGAAAUUGAGGAUGCUAAGAAUGUUAGUUUUAUUAAUCAGAUUUUGAAAAAGUGAGACUUUAUACUCUACAACUUGAUACUCUUUCUGUGAUCAAAGGAAAGGUUAAAAUUAAACGCAGCUUCUUUUUUUUUUUUUUUAAAUAAUAUUGGCAUCGAAAAUAAAUGAUCUUGAGUCAAAGUGUCUUUUUUUUGGCUAAACUUUUUUUUUCUUUAACGUGAAAGAAAAAAGAGGAAAGGCAAACCGUGCGGAAGUUUCGUCAAAAAAAAGCUUAAUAUUGUAAUAUUAUUACAUUUAUGUGGCAUAUGUAGUGAUAUGUAUUAAUUUAAACAGUACUUAAACUGUUUAGUGCGAAUAUCUUACAGCACACAAUUUUCUUGCUGUAUUGAUAGCUGAAUUUGUUUACUUGUUACUGCAUGAGAAUCUUUGCCGUGUUGUUGACUUGGCUUCAAAUGGUAUAUUUUUCUUGGGCUGAUUGAGCAGCUAAAACUUAAUUUUAUUUGACAGAAAGUACCAAUACUCAGUAUAUUUUUAGAUUCUCAAAAAUGGAUUUGCGUAAAGAUAUCAAAAAAGCAACAUCUCUUGUUUCUGAAGACGAUAAUGCAAAGUUUUAUCGACUGCAUGGACUGAGUCAGGCUGCAAGAGAUAAAAAAAUGAAUGAAAGAAUAUUAAAAUCACCACGAAAUGCUAAUUUAAUAUCAGACUUAGAUGAUGAAGAUAGAGCUGAUUGUAUAGAUACUAUAAACAACAAAGUCAAAGCUUCCUUUGAUCACCAUGAAGUCGCUGCUGCCAUUAAAGAGAUAAAUGGCGGCCGUGACCUUUCGAAUAGAUGUUUUGAAGAGAAUUUUUGGCGACAACUUCAAAGUGAGACAAGUUCUGAAAAAGAUCAAAACUUUUCUAAACAUGGUAAUAUAAAAACUAAUCAACGUAAGGGGAAGGCACAUUUCUUAAACAAGAAAUGUGUGAAGAACGAAAGAUGGUUUAAUAAUGCUGCAAUUAUGGGUCUCGUAAAUACCAACAAAAUUUCAUUACAAGAUUUAAUUAGUUGUAAUAAUGAAAAUUCAGCAAGGGAAGAAAACGAAACCUUGUAUGGAACUUCAUCUAAUGAGUGUGUAACGAAUGGUGAUGAAUAUGUGCAAUCGGUCCCCCUUCGUGAAGAUCCUGAAAUCUUUAUUCACCCUUUACGAAUGGGGAUAGAUGAAAAACAAUUUCAAAAUAUCAAUUUUGUACCAAGUCUCGCCAGGAAGAAAAAAAUGACACCGCAAGAGCACUUUCUUAAUACAGCUGAUGAAUCUGACUUUAAUUUUGUAAAGCCAAAAGAUAGAACAUGAUAGACAUCAUAGAUAUUGUUUAUUAUGUGUAAGAAAUGAUAAUUGAAUAUACAAAAAUAAUGGUAAGACUAAUAAAUUUUGUGAUCUUCAAGUUGCUUACAUAUGCAGUAACUAAAAUUAAUGUAAUGUGUGUAUCUAUGAGAUUAUACGUAAUAUAUAUUAGGUUGUUCGUAAAGUUUGUUUCAAAUCUUUUAUGUAAAUUCAAAACGCAAUAUUUUACUGAAAAAGUAACUUUAUUAAAGCAAUUAUGUACCGCUUUGUUCAAUGAUCUUAGCCUAUCUCUCGAGUAGCUGUUUAAUGCUCUUGCUCCAAAUGAAAAUUUUUUACUGGCAAGGAAUUGAUUAAAAUGAAUUUUAAAGACUCACUCAAAUUUUGUGUUUCAAAGAAAAUUUUUUAAAAAGAAAUAGUAAUCAAAGAGGGCAAGGAGAGAGGAUAAAGAAAAACGUCCCGUUCGAAAUCUAGAAACUAUAAAUAGACAUCGCGAUGUGAGGUUUGGCAUUAUUAUGGAAAAACUCCAUGCUUAUUGAUGAGUUCAGGUACGUUGACGAUUUUCAGUUCGUUCAACUGUACUUCAACUGAAAAAAAAUCUAAUAAACCACGUCCUCAAAAUCUCAUGAAACAAACUUUCUGAAAAAUACCUAAUAUAAAAUGAUUAUAAGUUAUACUAUCAUGGAAUGUUAGAUUAUUGGAAUAUUAGGUAAAAUACAAAAUAAAAUAAUAGAUAAAAAUAAGGAUAAAAAUAGAUAGAUGUGGUAUUGUUGAGAGGAUACAAUAUUGUAUCUUCUGAACGGUAUUUAAUAAUGGUAAUUUUAAACUCUUUAAAUAUACUCAAAAAUGUGUUUAAAAGUUUAUAAGAAUUUAUAAAUUGUAUUUAAACGUCAUGUGUAUCAGAGCAUUUUGUUAAACAUAUAUUUAAUACCAUAUUUAAUCAUCGAUUUAAUCAUUGAUUUAAUUAUAAUUAAUUAUAGUACAUUUCUGAAAAAGAAUUACAUUGUUCCGUUUUUUAAAUCCACUCACACAAACACAUAUGUAAUAUAAAAAAA